UAUGAAAGUUUAAUACGCGCCAACAUUAUUGCUAUAUUAUUUGCACGAUUAAUAUCAAUCAAUGUUGUAAAUACGGACUUUUUUGGUGGUGGAGAUACUGGAGAUGUAGGAAUGCUAGGUAAUGCCGAGAAAUAUUUUAGAGAGGUAAUGGAAAUACCAAGACUAUCAGAAAGGUUAGAAUGCAUGAUAUAUAGGCGAAAAUUUGAAAUGGAGAUUUUUGAAUUGAAAUCACAAGUUGAAGAUUUACAUGAGGCUUACAUAGAAUUAAAAUCAUCAAUGAAAUUUAAACAUUUGCUAAAAACCAUAUUGGCAAUUGGAAAUUUUCUUAAUGGUUCUACGUUCCGAGGAAAUGCGAUCGGAUUUAAGUUGGAUUGCCUUUUAAAGAUAAGUGAAACAAAAGCUUUAGAAAAUAAUCCAAAAGGAUUUUCAACCUUGCUCCAUUAUUUAGCCGCGACACUUGAAGAAAAACAGAACGAUUUGAUAACAUUUAUGGACGAGUUAAAACAUUUAGAAGGGGCAUCGAAGAUUUCAUAUGUUGCAGUUAUGGGAUCCGUUGCAUCUUUGAGUAGUGGGGCUGACCAGAUCAAAGAAGAAAUUAGAGUUUUGAAUAAGAUAAGAUUGACAUCGAAUAAUGAUCGUUUUUGUGAAAUUAUGGAGGAAUUCAUUAAACAAAUUGAACCAACUGUCGAGGGCAUAAAAGAAUUUACGCAACAAUUAGAAGAAAAAUUAAAACAAUUGCUAAUAUACUAUGGCGAAGAUCCUUCUAUUGUCAAACCUGAAGAAUUUUUCGGCAUGAUUGUUGAAUUUGGAAAAUCUUUGGCUGCAAUAAGACGGGAAAAUGAAGAAGAAAGGAAGAGAAUAGAAAAAGAGCAAACUAAUCCCCAGUCACGAUUGGUGGUGAGACGACAAUCCGAUACAUCAAUUAUGGCUUCAUUAAUGGACGGGAAAGACUUUGAUAGUGCAAUCCGAGAUUUAAGAUCUGGAUUAAGAAAAAAUCGGGACAGACCUGUUUCAAAAGUUUUUUCUGAGUUACAAUUAGAU